ACAUCUCACACCGAUUGACUCAAAUAAGAAGCUGGCGCCUACCACUUAGCUCCCAGUGGCGCCAUGGCUGCCGGAACCACCUUUCCCGGUUGCAAUUUGCGAUUCUCGACAUCAGCGGCCAGACUUUUGCAUCCCCCCACAAGCUCUUACAAGGAUCCGCCGCCGGCGAUCGCAUGUGGCGCCACCAUCAAUAAGUCAGGCGUCUUCGCGGACAAUCAGCACCGACCCGCCUUCCCAACCAUCUCCGAUAACGGGACCUCCGCGAGCAAUUCGGCGACACGACGUGAUACUCAUAGGUAUGGCCGGGAAUUCGACGACGGAGGCUGGACAUUGAAGGAUUACCUCCAGCAGUCGAAGGAGAUGCUCAGAUCUGACGGCGGCCCGGCCCGCUGGUUUUGCCCGUUGGAUUUCUCCGAGAAACGAUCGCAAAGCUCUCCGCUAUUGCUCUUUUUGCCAGGCAUUGAUGGCGUUGGACUCGGACUUUUAUUGCAACAAAAAAAUAUGGGAGAGAUUUUUGAUGUUUGCUGCUUGCAUAUUCCACUUGCAGAUAGAUCCACAUUCACAGAUUUGGUGAAGCUGGUUGAAGAAACUGUGAGGUCAGAGUUUUGCAAUGCACCUAAAAGACCCAUUUAUCUUGUUGGGGAGUGUUUAGGCGCUUGCAUUGCACUAGCUGUUGCUGCUCGUAAUCCCGAUGUCGAUCUUGUCUUAAUUUUGGCUAAUCCAGGUACAUCUUUCAGUAAAUCUAGGCUGCAAAGUAUAUUGGCUCUGAUAGAUGUCACACCCAAGACACUAUACCCUCCAAUGGUUUACAUGUUAAGUUUUAUCUCAGGUGUUCCUUUAAGGACAGCCUUGGCUACAUUUGCGAAGGGGUUACCUUUGCAACAGACAGUUGAAGAGCUAUCUCAAAAUGCUGGUGCACUUUCAUCCUAUGUUUCUGUGCUGGCUGAUGUCUUACCUGUAGAAACACUAAUUUGGAGGCUGAAGAUGCUUCACUCAGCUGCAGCUUAUGUUAAUUCUCGGCUACAUGCUGUUAAAGCCCAAACAUUGAUACUUUCUAGCGGGAAAGAUGAAUUUCUACCCAGUCAAGAGGAAGGUGAAAGACUUCGCCGUGUUUUACCAAAUUGUGACAUCAGACAAUUUAAUGAUAGUGGUCAUGCCCUUUUCUUGGAAAAUGAUAUGGAUUUAGUUUGUGUCAUAAAAAAGUCCGGAAUUUAUAAACGAGGAGCACGCCGGGAUUGCGUCACUGAUUACCUGCCGCCAAAACCUUUAGAGUUUCAAAAAGUGUACGAGCCAUUCAGGUGGACUGAGGUUGCUGUCAAUCCUGUGAUGGUCUCGACUUUGGGAAACGGGGAGAUUGUGGAAGGCCUGGCUGGGAUUCCACAGGAAGGACCUGUUUUAGUUGUGGGCUAUCACAUGAUGCUGGGAACUGAACUGGUUCCCUUAGUGUCUCGUUUCUUGCUUGAGAAGGGGAUUGUUCUUCGUGGGAUAGGUCAUCCUCUGAUGUUCUCCAGACAAAAAGAAGGGGGAUCUUUACCUGAAUUAUCAUCAUAUGAUCCGUUCCGGUAUAUGGGUGCUGUUCCUGUAUCCGCCUCCAACUUCUUCAAACUUAUGUCCUCCAACUCCCAUGUCCUACUCUAUCCAGGUGGCAUGCGGGAAGCUCUUCACCGCAAGGGUGAAGAAUACCAAUUGUUCUGGCCAGAACAGUCUGAAUUUGUGAGGAUGGCAGCCAGAUUUGGAGCCAAAAUUGUACCUUUUGGCGUUGUUGGAGCGGAUGAUGUUGGUGAAUUGCUCUUUGAUUACCACGACCUGAUGAAGAUCCCAUAUUUCAAGAAUUCAAUACAGAAACUAACCGAUGAGGUAGUGAACUUGAGGUAUGGUUUCUUUGUCUGUACCUCCAUAUUUGAGCCAGGGGGGUCUCUCUACUACCUAGUAUAGUAGGGAUAAGGAAUGAUGUGCAAGGGGAACUUGCAAACCAAGAUGUGCAUCUUCCAAUCAUUCUUCCAAAGCUACCGGGCCGUUUUUACUAUUAUUUCGGAAAGCCAAUCGAAACAGAAGGAAGGAAAGAGGAGCUGAAAAGCCGGGAGAAAGCGCAAGAAGUGUAUAUGGAGGUGAAAUCGGAAGUGAACAAAUGCAUAGCUUAUUUGAAGGAGAAGAGAGAGAGGGAUCCGUACAGGAGUUUAUUACCUCGACUGCUUUACCAGGCCACCCAUGGCGGCUUUCGUUCUCCGGUCCCCACCUUUGAGCUCUAGCCUGCUCUUAUUUCUGGUUUGCUUCCCUCCUCAACACCCAUACAAAUACAACAACUGAUCUCUAAUCACAAAUCACACAGACACCACCUAUGCUACAUGCACCAAAGCAUUACUGCUGUGUUUUUUUUUGUUUUGGUCUUGUGUUGUUGUAUUUAUAAUAUACAUAUGACAGUACAUGGUUGGACUCAAUUAACCAUGUGUGUAAGAGUUAAAUUACUUGGGGGUUGAACUGUUUUGCGCACCUCAAUCAUUAUACGGAGUAUUUAAGAUCAAAUACUUACGGGGUCCAUCCCUUUUUAUUACUCCUUACCACCCAAAUUGACAGUGACACUUCUACUUUUGCAUUUAAAUUUUACUCUGUAUCAAACUUGACCGUUAAUUAUUACUUCUUCUAUACCAGAGUGUUUGUUCAGUUUUAACUUUUUAUAAUCAAAAUAGAUAAACUAU